AUGAUCAUCUCCAAACCAGCCAUCGUGUUUCAUGCUUCGCAAAUAUUCUUCAAUUUCCUAGCGAUGGCGUGUUUUGCUAGCGUUGCCUCCUUCCAAGCAAAGUACGGUGUGGGACCCUCUGGUCUAUCAUCCUUCACGCUCUUCCUUACUGUCCUUGGCAUGCUUGUCGCGUCCGUUAUGCUCGCAGUGCCUGUUAUUUACGAAAAAUACGAUAAACUUGCAACCUUGGCGCGCGCCAUGAAGGUGCUGAGGGUGGGGUUCAUACUGACGGGGGCGGAGACAUCUCUCAGUUUAUUGAUUGCAUUUGUUGUUACGAUCUCAGCGUGGACCCAAGCUGGGUGCAAAAACGCUGACAAUGACCCGAAUGCUGACAAGAGCGAAGAUUUCAAGAACGGCCUCCCGGGUUGGUGUAAUACCAAGAAAGCUGGUGCCAUCUUCCUGUGGCUUGCCUUUGUCUUCUGGACUGCUUCUCUUGGACUAUUGAUUUGGGAAUGGAGAAAAAGCGGAGGCCGGCCUCUGAGAGGAAGGAAACCUCAGGACGAGCCAUUUGCACCUCCAAUGGACCAUGAGUCGGUCACUCAGUAUGAUGAGGACGAGGACGACAGCACCAGUCUUCCCCAUCAUGCACAGCCAACCGGUGGCGUUACUGCUCAGGAUCCCUUCUCGGAUACCAAUCGAUACAGUGGAGCAAGUGCCCAACGACCAACAUCAACGGCAUACUCAGGCCGACCGAGUAUGGAUCAAUACGGAGCCUUUUCUGAUCCCGCACCGAGUGGAUACUCUGCUGGCUCAUUCGUCCCGGUGCUGCCUGAGCCUGACUUGGGUCCUCAAGUCAGCCGAACCAUGCAGUACGCCGACCCGUAUGCCAAGGUGAAAGCCACGCUUGGUCAAGGUCAACAACCCGCCGCCCAGUAUGGGGGGUCAACACCACCUAAUUAUGACGGUUAUGGUGGGGGUUAUCGGUAG